AGGAUAGUUAUCCGUUCACCGGAGAAAGAAAACUCUCAUCCGGAUUAUAUCCCCAUCAACAGCCGCUUUAAAUGCGUGCAAGAGGCAGAAGAAACUUUGCUGAUUGAUAUAGCUACAAACACAGGCUGUAAGGUCCGGAUACAAGGUGACGAGACAGCGGAGCGGCUCUUUGAAAUCGCCGAUGAGGAGCGUUGCUUAGGAUUCCUUUCAGAAGUGCAGAGCAUACAGGAGGCCCACCUGAAAGCUCUUCAUGAACCUACGGACUUGGGCAGCUGGGAUCAGGUGGAGAAGAACCUCCCAGGCCUUUUGCAGACCCCUUAUUUGGGACGGUUGGAGGAUGACUUCAGAAUUCUAGGUAUAGAAGAGAAAACAUACAUACCAAACCACCAAACCGGGUUUCGCCGGGAACCCCCACCUCCUCCCGUGCUUCAAAAUAGGCAGUUUCACCGAGAGAGAGAAGGUACAUCAAGAGAGCAGCCAAAAGUGACCAACACUAUGCGCAAAAUGUUUUUGCCCAGUGCCCAGUCGGGACAAAGGGAACGCCUCAUCAAACACGUGAUUGCCAAGAGGGAGAAGGCGUACGUCGACCUUCACAACUUCAGAUUUUUUGUGGGCACGUGGAACGUGAAUGGGCAGUCCCCAGACAGCAGCUUGGAGCCCUGGCUGGUGUGCGACGCAGAGCCUCCAGACUUGUAUUGCAUCGGGUUCCAGGAGCUGGACCUCAGCACAGAGGCUUUCUUCUACUUUGAUUCUCCGAAGGAGCAAGAAUGGCUGGCUGCUGUGGAGAAGUCCCUGCACCCGCAGGCUAAGUAUGAGAAAGUGGAAAAGGUCCGUCUAGUUGGGAUGCUGCUGCUCAUAUUUGUUAGGAAGGAUCAGCUGAGCUAUGUCAGAGAGAUGGUGACAGAGACCGUGGGCACGGGAGUCGUGGGAAAGAUGGGCAACAAGGGCGGUGUGGCGGCGAGGUUCGUGUUCCACAACACGACCUUCUGCAUUGUCAAUUCCCACCUCGCCGCUCACGUGGAGGACUUCCAGCGGCGAAAUCAGGAUUAUAGGGAUAUCUGUGCUCGGAUGAGUUUCCUAAUCCCCGAUGAUAGUCUGUCUCAGCUCAGCAUCAUGAAACACGAUGUUGUCAUCUGGCUGGGAGACUUGAACUACAGGCUUUGUCUCCCUGAUGCCUAUGAGGUGAAAAGUCUUAUCAGUAGGAAUGAGCUUCAGAAAUUGCUGAUAUACGACCAGCUGAAUAUUCAGCGCGCUCAGAAGAAAGCAUUUUCAGAUUUCACCGAGGGAGAGAUUAAGUUCAUCCCCACAUAUAAAUAUGACUCUAAAACAGAUCGCUGGGACUCCAGUGGAAAGUGUCGCGUGCCUGCGUGGUGCGAUCGAAUCCUUUGGAGAGGAGAGAACAUAAAUCAGCUCCGGUAUUGCAGUCAUAUGGACCUGAAGACAAGUGACCACAAGCCAGUCAGCGCCCUUUUCCUCAUCGGGGUAAAGGUUGUCGAUGAGCAGAGGUAUCGGAAGUUGUUUGAAGACAUCGUUCGUUUAAUGGACAGAAUGGAGAAUGAGUUUCUUCCUUCGCUGGAGCUAAGCAGGAGAGAAUUUGAGUUUGAGAAUGUGAAGUUCCGUCAGCUGCAGAAGCAGAAGUUCCAGAUCACCAAUAACGGGCAGGUCACCUGUCACUUCUCCUUCAUCCCAAAGCUCAACGACAGCCACUACUGUAAGCCGUGGCUUCGGGCCGAGCCUUGUGAAGGUUACCUGGAGCCAGAUGAGAGCAUGGAAAUCUCCCUGGACGUGUACGUCAGUAAGGACUCGGUAACCCUUCUGAACUCUGGCGAGGAUAAGAUUGAGGAUAUUCUUGUCCUUCACUUGGACCGAGGGAAGGACUACUUCCUUACCAUCAGUGGGACCUACCUGCCCAGCUGCUUUGGCACCUCCCUGGAGGCCUUAUGCCGAAUGAGACGACCGAUACGAGAAGUUCCCGUCACCAAACUCAUUGACCUGGGAGAAGACAGCUUCUCAGAAAAGGAGCAAUCUGUCCUGCCCUUGGUCACCCUGGAGAGCAAGGAUGCCAGUGGGAUGCCGCUGCAGGUGCCGAAGGAGAUCUGGCUCUUGGUGGACCACUUGUUCAAGCAUGCCUGCCACCAGGAGGACCUGUUCCAGACUCCAGGCAUGCAAGAAGAGUUGGAGCACAUCAUCGACUGCCUGGACACCAGUAUCCCCGAGACAAUCCCGGGCAGCAACCACUCUGUGGCUGAAGCACUCCUCAUCUUCCUGGAGGCUCUGCCAGAGCCGGUGAUCUGCUACGAGCUCUAUCAGCGGUGCCUCGACUGGUCGCACAACAGCCGGCUCUGCCGACAGGUGAUUUCCCAGCUGCCUCGUUGCCAUCGCAGCGUGUUUAGGUACCUAAUGUUGUUCCUCCGAGAGCUGCUUAAAUACUCCGAAGACAACAAUGUCAGCAUCUCCAUGAUCACCGCCUUGUUCUCCAGCCUCCUCCUGCGCCCUCCACCCAAUCUGGUGGCAAAGCAGACUCCGCAGGACCGCCAGCGUGCCAUCAGCUUCCUCUACAGCUUCCUGUCUGCCGGGGAUGAGGAGUGACUCCUGCCCGUGUGCCAAAGCCGAGGCCCCUGCCCCCAGCCUUGCGCUGAGGCCGGGCCUCUGACAGCUCCAGGAGGGUAAAAGGCUCUAAGCUACUCCAAGUGCCGUGUUCACAGGUGGAAGGGACGUGUUCCCCUCUCCUUCCCGCUGCUCUACCCUACGCUGCAGAGGACCUGCACGCUCAUUGCACUGCCAUCCAUGACAGGAGCCUCCUGCUUUCUCCCUGGGAGCUGGGUGGAUCUGUUGAUACCCAAGCGCUGUGCCAGCAGCCCCAUCGUCCCACGGCAGUGUCACCAGUUCCCCGAGUCACGCUUCUCUCUCCUUUUCACCCCUCUCUCCCCGGAGCCGUUGCGGGGAAGGGUGGAGACUGCCUGUGCUCGCAGAGGGCUGUGGCGUGGCGGGCGGGCGCUCAGCCUGCGUCGUGUCCCAGUGGCUGCGUACGGACUGCGCUGGCGAGAGCCCCGCUCUGCCCCAGGCCGGCGUCGGGCACGUGCCACCCUCUGCCACGCCGCAGACCGAGCCGACCCUCCUGCCCCAUCACUGCGCUACAAAAGCUGGACCGUGGCUGCCCCAGGAGGUUAUCUGGACAUUUGGCCUCUUCCCUUCACUGGGGCGUUACCCCUCCCCUCCCUCCCGGGGUGUAAGGCUCCAGCACGCAGCUCUGUGCACUCCCAGCCCAGCGCCUGGGCCUUCCUCUCCUCUCUCCCUUCCCCUGUGCCCCAGCUUCCUCCUGGGACGCGGGGGACCGGGUGCUUGAGGGGCCCAGGUCGGGUAGGGCAGCGAGCUGCGCUCGGCUUCUCCAGGGCUGGGAGAGGUGGCAGUGGAUGCUGUCCUUCCCCUCCGCCCCGAGGUGCUGCCGGAGGGUACGGGCUGGGGGGAAAGGAGCCCAAAAUGCACCUCGAGGCCCAGAGGAGCGGCUGGGGGCGCGGGGGGGUG